AUGGAGACAUCUAUAGAUAUAGAGAUUAUACGGAUAGAGAGACGUGGCUGGCUGUGUGUCCUGGCCGUGCUGGCGGCGCUGGGGCAGUGCCGGGCGCUGCGGCGCGCCGGGGCCGGCUCCGCUCACUCCGCCGUGCGCUGCUUCAGCGGGGCCGAGCUGGGGGACGAGGCUCCGGCGCAGCUGCUGGGCCGCAGCCUGCGCUGGGACCGGCACCUGUCGGUGCAGCUGGUGCCGCAGCUGGAGCGCCUGGAGGCGGCCGGGGCCCGGCGGCGGCGGCGGCAGCGCCCGCCCGCCUGUCCCGCGCUGUCGCUGCGCACCGGGCUCCGCAGCGAGCCCCACGAGCGCUCCAUCUCGCCCUGGCGAUACCGCAUCGACGAGGACGAGAACCGCUAUCCGCGCAAGCUGGCCUUCGCCGAGUGCCUGUGCAGCGGCUGCGUGGACGUGAAAACCGGCCGGGAGACCACGGCGCUCAACUCGGUGACCAUCCAGCAGACCAUGCUGGUGCUGCGGCGCAAGCCGUGCCCGCGGCCCGCGGGGCUGGGGCUGGUGGCGCUGGAGGUGGAUUACAUCCGAGUGCCCGUGGGCUGCACCUGCGUCCUGCCCCGCACGGCGCACUGA